AGCCACUCUUCUCAUGCUGGCGGCAAGGGCAAGGCAGAGAAGAUAGUAUUGUAAAAUAUAUUAUCUAAUUGUAUUAAUUUGCUAAUGAAUUAAACCAUUUUUAUAAAAAUACAAUAUACAUUCGGAGUUGUAAUUGAUAAUGGAUCAAAAACAGGAUGAAAAUACCAGUGAAAUAGAAACGCCAAUAAGACAACCAUGGUACAGAUACGUGACAGUGGAGCCGACGAUGUUCCUAUACAUGAUGGCGUACAUGAUCACCAACGUCGUGGAACAGACCUUCUACGUGUUCCGGGCGUGUACCGUCGACCACAGAUACAGUGAAGAGAUUUGCUACAACAUAACAAGUUACAAAGAAAUUAAUGAUGAAGUACAGGUAACAGUGUCGACCUUUCACCAAUGGAACGGCGUAGCCUGGCACAUGGUGCCGUUUAUCCUCGCGUUUUUCCUAGGCUCCUAUAGUGAUAAGCGGGGCAGAAAGUGCAUCCUGCUGGCAGGGCUGCUCGGGAAGCUCUAUUUUUCCAUAAUGGCUACUGUUAAUACUAUGAAUGCAUGGCCGUUAAAUUAUGUUAUAUAUACGGCCACUUUUCCUAGUGCCUUAACCGGUUCAGACUUGGCCAUAUUCGCGGGCGUCUUCGCGUACAUAGCUGACGUCACGACGCCUGACAAUAGAACUCUCAGAGUUGGGAUUUUAGAUGCCGUUUACCUAAGCACUAUGCCUUUAGGAGUAUUUAUUGGUAACUUAUUAUACGUGCACGUUGUGAACAGAUCAUUCACAAUAAUGUUCACAAUCAACAGUAUCCUCAUGGUCCUGGCGACCCUGCACUGUCUGAUCUUCCUCAAGUGGCAAACGAGGCCGGAACAGCUGUCUCUUCGCGAAGCGGGCGUCACUAACCCGGCCGUCGACUUUUUUGAUCUCAGAAAUGUGAAGCAAACUAUGCUCACUUUGUUUAAGAAGAGGAGCAACUACCGCACUGUGUUUUUGUGGUUCUUACUUAUAUCUAUGGCGCUGUAUACGUUCCAAAGAGACGAGAGGCCGUUCAUGUACUUGUACGUGCAGAACGUGUUCAAGUGGGACACGACCGCCUACAGCAACUUCAGGACGUAUAGCAGCACGGCGUACGUGCUUCUCAUGUUCAUAGGCAUCCCCGUCAUGACUAAGGUGUUCCGCUGGAGAGAUACGGUAAUAGUGAUGCUAGGAGCCACUUCCCAUAUGGCCGGUCACUUCUUGUACGCGCAAGCGACCGCCGCCAAGACGCUAUACAUCGGCGGCGCAGUGGCGGCUUUGGGGCCCUGCGUCGCACCGCUCGUCCGAUCUAUGACCUCCAAGGUUCUGCCGUCUGCUGAACGAGGAGUGGCGUAUACGUUUUUGUCGGUAAUGGAGAACGCAGUGGCGAUGUUCGCGUCAAUCAUCUACUCCCAAGUGUACAACGCCACGAUCGGCACCAGCUACCUGAACACCAUCUUCUAUCUUACUAUCGGGACGCAAGCCAUUGUAUUCUUAUUUUCUUUGACUAUGGAGCUAACUUUAAGAGGGCGCCGACUUGAAUCACUGUUACCGGAGGACGAACAAGAUAUAUCGGAGCGGACUCUUCAGGCUACUAUCAACUGAUGUUUUAGGGCUCUUCAGACCAUUAUGAACUUACUUAUUAGGACUCCAGACCACUAUAAACGAACUUAUUAGGGCUCUUCAGACUACUAUAACGUACUUAUUAGGACUCUUCAGCCCUCUAUAAACCUUUAAUCGGUAGCGGCAAAAUACUUGCCAUCAUACUUAAAACUUAUGUAUCUCUACAAUAAGAAUUACAGUUCAAAAUCGAAUGAGUAGAACAAACGUCAAAAUGGUUGAAGGGGUAAACAGAUUAAUUAGGACUCUUCAGACACUUUUAACACGUUUUAGGACUCUUUGGAGCACUAUUAACUGACGUAUAAGGACUCUUUAGACCACUAUCAAUGGAGUAUUAGGGCUCUUCAGACGGAUCUCUAUCAAAUGACGUAUUAGGACUUUUCAGACCUCUAUCAAGUGACGUAUUAGGACUAGCGUGAAAAAAUAUCAGUUUGGUUCCUAAUUGGACCUUUUUUGCAGAUAUUUAGCAUUUAUUUAGGCAUUAUUAGUUUUAGCUUGCCUUAACUAGUGUGUAAGUUAUUGAUAUUCAAUAGAAAUGGUUAAUAAUGUAAACAAUUAACAC